AUGGCCUUUGUUGUUGCCCGUGCUAUUCAGAACCUCCUUUUUGCUCCCACGGAUCGGGACAAAGAGUGCGUUACUCUCGCGACAGCAAUCGCGAGUGUGUUUUCCAUGCAAGAUCUUCGCCGUGCCAUUUUGGUCUUCUACUUCCUCAUCUGCCGUCGAUCGGCGCGUACGGCUUGGAUAACGCGACCAUCAUCGACCAAGGGCGAGCCGAGAUUUGCCGGCUACUUCAAUGAUCUGGCGGCGGCGAUUAGUCUAAAGAGGCUCCGGAGUGUGAGCAAGACAGCGCUCGAGCGAAGAGUAACCAACAUCGAAUGGCAGAAGAGGUUUCGGGAGCAACAGAAGGAGAACGGCAGGGACAUCCACCUGUUAAGUGAUGAUCAAGUCCCCUCAAAUCCCGACGCCCUGCCCGAAGUUACCGGAAAUCACCAUGUUGAUUCCCCCCAGCCAAAACUCACCAUCAAGGCAAGAAUUUCUGAGGUCAAGGUCGUGAAUAUGGAGCCUUUAUCCAAAGCCAACUUCAAAGCUGUUAUUGGUGUUCUAAACUCUGCACAUCGGAAGCAGGACUUUGACACCAAGUUGGCACAGAUUCAGAGGACGAUUACUCAUGCCGGCAGGUUCCUUCCAGACAGCGAAAUCAACGAUUUCAACAGAAGCCAGGAGGAGUCUGAAAUCAUCACUGAGUUUCGGUUUGCAAACCCCGAUAAAGAAGCAGAGUUAAUAAAGCUCAGUCGUCGGCAGUACGCUGUGGGUAGUGUGUUAUCCUCGCUUCAGCAAGAACCGACUAAAGAAGAACGCUAUAACAUGGAAAUGGAGACUCGAGACGAAUCGGAUGUCAGCCGCGCGGUUCUGAAGCGAGAGCGACUAUUUGCCUUCAAGGCUGGCAAAGCCCCCGAAUCGGUCAUGAAACAACAAAUGAAGGCUAGAGACAGUUCUGAAACCCAGGAUGAGGAUGUCGAGGAUGUCGAGGAUGUCGAGGAUGUCGAGGAUGUCGAGGAUGUCGAGGAUGUCGAGGAUGUCGAGGAUGUCGAGGAUGUCGAGGAUGUCGAGGAUGUCGAGGAUGUCGAGGAUGAGCAGGAGGAGGAGCUUGGGACAAAUGAUGGCCAUCUUGUUGUACGACUGAUUUUUAAGAAGCUUCAAGUUCGCCGUAUCAUGAGAACACCACUGCAAUUGUCGGAUGGAAAAGUGUCCUACCCUGCUCAGCAUCUGCUUCCGUCCAUGAUUGUACUUGAAGAAGUAUCACACGACGAGACGAAAGGGGCUGCUGACGCGGUUCGAUCGAUGGGACAGAUCCAAGUACAGAAGUUUUUCAAUCAGAAGAAGGAUUCCGAGAUUGAAGAUAUGCAUAGAAGUAGCAACUCUCAGGCUAUCAAUGGCCACGUCAAGGAUCUUCCAAAGCUGAACUUUGGAGAGCACAGAAAAGGCGUCCUUACUUCAUUUGAUUAG